AUGGAGUCCUCCAAUCUUCAACAGCUUGUGAACGUCAGCCCGACCGGGCCUCUCAUACUGUUGCUUGCUGUGGCGCCGCUGGUCUACAUCUCCUACACCGUCAUAUACAGCUUAUACUUUUCGCCACUGUCCAAGUUUCCAGGUCCUAAGCUGUGGGCAUGUUCGGAACUCUUCUACCAACGAGCCAUUGUGAAAGGCACCGCUCACCAAGAAUUCCUUGAAUUCUUCAGUCAAUAUGGUCCCGUUGUCCGCAUCACGCCUAAGGAGCUCAUCUUUAGCUCUCCACAGGCCGUUCGCGAUAUCUAUGGCACACUUCAUGUGCAGAAGCAGCUGGGCGAAGACCACAUGAUAUCGACUCUGGAUCACAACGUGCACGCUCGUCAACGACGCAUGCUAAGCAGUGCCUUCAGUGAACGUUCUGUGCGAGAACUAGAACCCGUACUCACGGAGCUCAUCGACAAGCUCAUUGCCGGGCUUCAAAAGGAGGGUGUCGUAGAAGGAAAGGACAUUGAUAUCAAACAAUGGGUCAACUACACCACGUUCGACAUCACUGGAUACCUCGUCUUCGGCGAAUCCUUCCACUGCCUCGACAACGCAGCAAUGCACCCUUGGGUGGCGUUCAUGACCGAUUCCAUCAAGGCGCAAGUCUUCAUGGGGAUAUUCCUGCGGUUGCCCGGGAUGAAACCCCUCAUGCCAUAUCUUACUCCCAAAAAAGUCGCCACUGCAUUGUCGGAGCAUCAGAGCCUGAGCUACAAUCGGCUAGAGCAAAGACUAGAGCAGGGUCAGAAGACCGAGAAAUCCGACCUCAUCGGCCUCCUCCUGAAAAACGGCAUCACUCAGAAAUCAGGCGGUUUCAGUUCAGGCGAAGACCACAUUAGUAAAGGCGAGCUACACGCCAACAGUACCAUCCUUAUCCUGGGCGGCUCCGAAACCUCCGCCACCCUUCUCAGCGGCGCCAUCUUCUUCCUCACCACGCACCCCUCGCACCUCACGCGCCUGACCAACCUCAUCCGCACCACCUUCGCCUCCCACACCUCCAUAACCUCGCUCUCCCUCACCCCCAACAAACUCCCCUACCUCCACGCCAUCCUCCAGGAGACCCUCCGCAUGUACCCACCGGGCGCCAACCAGUUCACCCGGCGCACACCCCCGGACGGGGCAGUCAUAGACGGCCACUUCGUCCCUCGCGACACGUACGUCGGCAUCCCGCAGUGGGCUUCGUAUCGCAACGAAGCGAAUUUCAAGCGAGCCGGAGAGUGGAUCCCCGAGCGCUGGAUGGGCGGAGAGGAAUGGGAAGGGGAUCAGAGGGAUGUUCUGCAGCCGUUUAGUCUGGGGCCGUAUUCAUGCAUCGGGGUUAAUCUCGCCUGGGCGGAAAUCCGCCUCAUCCUCUGUCGCUUGCUCUGGCAUUUCGAUUUCGAAGUCUUUGGGGGGCAGGAGAGGUGGUAUGAGGAUCAGAAGGUGUUUUUGGUGUGGGAGAAGCCCGAGUUGAGGGUUAGGCCGCCUGACUCAACCUUCUCCUCUUAUCCGCCGCCUCCUUCUCCCUCCGCGCCUUAG